CCCGCCACCACCAUCUGUUCCUCUGACAAAUGCUGCCGGUGCGGAGUCUGCCUGCCCAGCACCUGCCCACACACGACUUGGUUACUGGAGCCAACCUGCUGUGACAACUCCCCCCCACCCUGCCACAUUCCUCAGCCCUGUGUGCCCACCUGCUUCCUGCUCAACUCCUCCUACCCCACCCCAGGCCUGGAGACCAUCAACCUCACAACUUUCACUCAGCCCUCCUGUGAGCCCUGCAUCCCAAGCUCCUGCUGA